AUGACGAUGGAAAGUGGAAAGCAAAUUCGGGAAUAUGCGCCAAUUCACGAUACUCUAGCUGCCAAGCUCUUACGUAAAUGGCCAAUACCCACAAAGGACAAUGUUUCAUCAGGACGAUGCCCACGUGAUUAUCAAGGGACAAUGUUCCAUCAGGACAGUGCCGACGUGGGCAUUUGUGAUCCCAUAUGCCAGGACAAUGCCUCAAGCGGCCCUUGGAUCCUACCCCCUGAGUUUCUUCAAGGAAGAAACUCAGCCAGAAGCACAGAUCAAGAUGGUACCAUCCAGCAGGAAAUGCAAGAUUUUGACCCAGUACCUAUAAUAGAUCUACAGUGCCUAGACCUGGACAAGCUAGGAGUGGUUUGCAAAGACUGGGGCCUGUUUCAUUUGGUCAACCAUGAUGUUCCUUUAACCCUUUUGAGCCAACUUCAAGACCAUGCCAUAAAGCUUUUUUCUCUAUCUUUUGAAUCCAAACAAGCGCGAUUCACUAGCCCAGUGUCCUACUUCUGGGGCACCCCUGCUCUGACUCCGUCCGGAGCACCCCUUUCUACAGGCCCUCAGAAUGUGAACUGGGUAGAAGGUUUGAAUGUUCCUCUCAAGCAACUUUCUCAGUUUGAAGCUGAAGAUCCCAUGCUUGAUGCUUUCAGGUUUUGA